AUGGGUCCAUCCCCCAGCAGCAGCAGCAGCAGCAGCAGCAGCAGCAGCAGCAGCAGCAGCAGCAGCAGUAGCAGCAGCAGCAGCAGCAGCAGCAGCAGCAGCAGCAGCAGCAGCAGCAGCAGCAAGCAGCAGCAGCAGCAGCAGCAGCAGCAGCAGCAGCAGCAGCAGCAGCAGCAGCAGCAGCAGCUAGCAGCAGCAGCAGCAGCAGCAGCAGCAGCAGCAGUAGCAGCAGCAGCAGCAGCAGCAGCAGCAGCAGCAGCAGCAGCAGCCGCAGCAGCAGCAGCAGCAGCAGCAGCAAGCGGGAAUCAUCAGCGGCAAUGA